AUCGAGCCCUUUUUGCCGUUUAGGUAUGUUUUUCAAAGCCAAGCCAUUCAAUGUGAUCGAUGGAGCGUAGACUACCGCGCAUGAAGCUCUCCAUUGAAAAUCAAUGCUGUCGUCCUUUAGCUACACACAUCCUGGACCACUGUGCUGUGUUAGAAGCUAUAAAGAAAAACAGCCAUAAAAACUAUUCAGUGAAAUAUUCAUUUGCAGUAGCCGGUUUAAACUCGGACGUGUGCGGCCUGGAGUAAACGGCUUGAGACUUACGUUGUAAUAACUUAAACUUUGUUCUUCUAGCUUUGGACACUAACGGGCAUGACCCUGAACUCAAAUGGUCACCUUCAAUGCCAGGAGAGGUCUAGUAGCCGUGUUUCUUGUCUCCGUCUGCCUGAACCUCUUCACCUUCGUGCUCCUGCUUGGAAGCUGGUUCAUCGAGUCAUCUCCCUUUACACGGUCCAUCUCUCUGAUAUCAAACGCCGAAAGGAUGGCGGCUCAAGCCUUAAAGGAUUUUGACAUCGAGUCUUUGCAUACGCCCAAAGCUUUUCUCUUCCAUACUUUGCUGAGCUGCUUUCUAGAUGCAGUGACCCCAAAAGGUCAGACAGGCGUGCAAGCGACAUCAGAUUCUAAGUCUAAGCAUUGGAUUCAGCUACUGGACAUCAACACACUCAGAGAGAUGGUUUACAAAUAUGAGGCGGAUGCCGACAAAGCGAAAUCGGUCAUCAGGUUUUUGUCCCAGCCAAUAAUUAACGAUCACAAUUUUAGCUACAUUCAUAAUCCGAAGGAAACAUGCGCGCGGAGGGAUAUUGACGUACUAUUUGUUGUUCCGUCUGCCCCGGAAUAUUUCAGCAGACGAGAGAGAAACAGAAAGGGAGGGCUGUACCAAUUCACGCUUGACAGAAAUAACAAAGCAAGAUUGCUCUUCUUUAUAGGGAAGCCAGAAAAGGAUAGCGCAAAUGUCCAGGCAAAAAUAGACGAAGAGAUUGCCCUUUACGGGGACAUAGUUCAGGAGAAUUUUAAUGACAUUUACAAGAACAUCCGGUUAAAAGCUGUGUCUAUGCUGAGAUGGGCCAGCACCUUCUGUGAGAAGGUCAAGUUCGUCAUCCGUGCAGACGACGAUAUAGACUUCAAUAUUGUCAAUGCUCUUCAGGUAAUGGAGGAGAAAAGAGCCUUCUACACAGACUUCAUUCUAGGCGUCCGAAAAGACGACUACAAGCCAGAAAGGGAGGUGACUAACAAGUGGUACCUCUCGACAAACGAGUACCCUAGCACCCAUUUACCGCCCUUUGCGCUUGGGGCGCUUCUGGGUUACCCGUUGAGUACUGUGACCUUACUUUACCAGGCCGCCCUAAGGGUAGAGCCCAUCUGGUUAGACGAUGUUUUCAUUACUGGGAUAUGUGCCCCCAAAGUGGGCAUCCCUGUAUUCAAACACCCAAAAUUUGAUUUUAUACAUAACUCCUAGUAAAUACAUCUUUUUAAUCAGAGCUUAUGUGGCAAAAUAUGGGGCAGCGUAGUCACAGGAAAUACUGCAUUCCUUAUUAUUCUUCGGACUCAAAGACAAGCCUUAUUAUUAUUUAUGACCUUCAGUAGAUCAAGAUACAGAAAAGUUGCAGUGUUCUGUGAUUUUAGAGGAGCCAUUGUCAGCAAGUAUCAGGCUUAAGAGUCUUUGACCUCAACCUCUGUACGAGCCAGUGGAGGUAGCACGAAGAAAGAGGGAAACAAAAAAAAAAACUGGCUGAAAAGGUAAAAACAACAAUGGACCAAACUGUAAUGAA